AAAAGAAAGUGAGAGAGAGAGAGGUUGCCAGGAAAAACAAGGCAACCUUCUCUUGAACCACAAGUUGUACUCUUGUAUAUUUCUGUUUUCUGGAUCAUCAAAUAAAAAUAAAAAAAAGGUUGUGUUGUUUCAUGUGAUUGUGUGAAAGGCGGAAUGGGACAAGCUUUUCGCAAGCUCUUCGAUACCUUCUUCGGCAAUUCCGAGAUGAGGGUUGUAAUGCUUGGGCUCGAUGCAGCUGGAAAAACAACUAUAUUAUACAAACUGCACAUAGGAGAAGUUCUAUCAACAGUUCCUACCAUCGGAUUCAAUGUGGAAAAAGUGCAGUACAAAAAUGUAAUUUUUACUGUGUGGGAUGUUGGUGGUCAAGAGAAAUUAAGGCCACUCUGGAGGCAUUACUUCAAUAACACAGAUGGACUGAUUUAUGUCGUCGACUCUUUGGAUCGAGAGAGGAUUGGAAAGGCAAAACUAGAAUUUCAGGCCAUCAUCAAAGAUCCAUUUAUGCUUAAUGCAAUCAUCUUGGUUUUUGCUAACAAACAAGACAUGAAAGGAGCGAUGACACCAAUGGAAGUGUGUGAAGGUCUUGGUCUUUAUGAGCUUAAAAAUCGAAAAUGGCAUAUACAAGGUACAUGUGCUCUUAGUGGGGAUGGCCUAUAUGAGGGAUUGGAUUGGUUAGCCAGCACUUUGAAAGAGCACAAGGCCGCCGGAUACUCUUCAAUAGGUCCUUCAUCCUUCUGAGUGAUCAGGCUUACUAAAAUUUGAAUCUCUUUUUGAGGAGCAAUACCGAAUACCCGCCUGUUUAUAAAUUGGAGGAUUAUGAUCUCACCACAAUAGUUUUUACCCUUCUCAUCUUAGGGCUGUGUUUUUAUGCUAGUGGAGUAGAUAAGGCACUUGUUUCCUGGUCUAGUGUGAUUCUUGAUCUUUGAUUAUGUUGUAUAUUGAAACUUGGGCCUUACAGUUGAUGUUAACCAGUUACUAUGAGUGCUUCUGGUGAUUCCUACUGCAA